AUGGGCGGAUUUUUAGGGCGUGGGAAAAACAGCGACAAGAGGUCUGUUGAUCGUUUCAGGUCCCCAGUUUGCCCUGAUGGGGGCAAGGCCCGGGGCGUCCAGUGUUUGACUCGGCCACCUCUACACUACCCAAAGACCAUUCCAAUCUUCAAAGUAACCUGCCAGCGGCCACCUCCACACUACCCACAGACCAUUCCAAUCUUCAAAGUAACCUGCCAGCGGCCACCUCCACACUACCCACAGACCAUUCCAAUCCUCAAAGUAACCUGCCAGCGGCCACCUCCACACUACCCACAGACCAUUCCAAUCCUCAAAGUAACCUGCCAGCGGCCACCUCCACACUACCCACAGACCAUUCCAAUCCUCAAAGUAACCUUCCAGCGGCCACCUCCACACUACCCACAGACCAUUCCAAUCUUCAAAGUAACCUUCCAGCGGCCACCUCCACACUACCCACAGACCAUUCCAAUCUUCAAAGUAACCUGA